AUGGGAAAGCUAAUGCUCCAAGACAAUUUUCGUGGUGCCUUGUUCAACCUUGCCCUACUCCUGGCGAAUGAUGUGAAGAGGCCUUUAGAUGCAGUGCCAUAUUUGAAGAAACUUCUCCAGUACUACCCUGACCAUACCAAAGGUCUGAUCUUAAUGGGAGAUAUCAACAUCAAUCAUCUCAAAGACAUUAGAGGAGCAGAAGAGAAUUUCAAGAAGAUUUUAGAAACAGACCCCACCAAUGUGCAAGCUAACCACAACCUCUGUGUGGUUUAUGUUGAGCAGGGAGAUUUACUAAAAGCAGAGAAGUGCCUCGUAGAGACAGUCAAAUUAGCACCCAAUGAGAAAUAUAUACAAGACCAUUUAAGUAUUGUUAGAGGUAGACUUCAGAAAGCAUAUCAGCAGAUGAAAGCGCAGCAGCAGCAAGCAAAGAAGAAACCAGUUACAUGACAACAAAUUAAGUCCAGAAAUUCAUCAAACAGUUUGGCUUUACAUUGACCAGCUCAUGAAUAAUUUGGGUGAGAACACUUAUCAACACCGUUGUUGAAAACAAAUGAGAUUCAGACAUUCUGGAGAUUGUGUGAGUUCCAUGAACUACAACGAAGACAACUGUCUCAUCUUGCCAUGAUCUACAAAGCAGCAGGUCUACAAGUCUUAUUCCCUCCAGUGUUACAUAUAUAUUAACUUGGCACACACUCGUGCAGUGACAUAAGCCAGCUUGGAGGCAAUUACAACACCAAAUGAAGUGCUCUCUUUGUAGGGAAUGUUGUAGAAGGCAUCAGAUUCCCUCCUUGGCUGUGUUUUCUUGCCAGCACCACUCUUACCAGCCAGUCUCUGAGACACAAGGGGUGUAGUUACAGGUCAACAAUGUCAAUUUGUUUCUAUUAGGUUUGUACAUGUAGGGCUGUUUUUAGGCCUACUGACUGUUUGCAACUACUCGAGUAUGUUGAUUAAAUGAAAGUUCUUUAUUUUUUGGCAGUAAAAUUUGAAUGGAUAUUGUAACCAAUUUAGUGUAGAAUAUGAGACACUGGAAGAUCAUGGUGGAAAAAUGAUGCAGCAAAAUAUCUACAUGGUGGUAGUAUUGGAUGUCUUUCCACCCAAGUGGUGGGGUCUUGAUGUAUUCACACAGUGCCAAAACAAAGAGAAAAAAAGACAGCAUUAUCUGUGUGAAGGCUGAAUUACAUGGCUAGGUUAUUCUCAGUUCAAGUGGUCCUAUAUGUUGUCGUAAUAGUAUUACAACUUAUACAUAAGAAUCAUUAUCUUGCAUUAUGGAUUCUAGGGUAUGAUAGGCCUCGAAAAGGUAGACGUGGAUAUUUUUUUUUGGUCUUCCAUUACUCUGAGGUGGCUUAUUUUGAUUUGAUGUAAACACUUAAAGAGGGAGUAUAAAAUGCAUACAAUAUGUUCAUGGUAUGAUAAGAGGCGGAUGCAAAUUACAUUAUGUUCUGGGUGGAAUAAAAGCAAAUCAAUGCCUAGUUAACCACUUCCUUACACAAGAGAAGGGAGUUGUAUCAGGAUUAUUUAGUAAGCUGAUGAAUUGAUUCUGCAUUUUUUGUUUGUGAACAAACCAAUGAGGAUUCAUGUUAAAAUCACCGUAUAGAUCUUGAUAAAAAUAGAAGUAUAUAUAUUGAUGCACCUUGAAAGAUCUACAUUAUAGUUGUUUAACUUAUUAUAGUUGUUGACUGUAUUUAACAACUAUAAUGUAGAUCUUUCAAGGUGCAUCAAUAUAUGUAUACUUCUAUGAACAAACCGAUGUGACAUUUAGAUUGCACAAAAGAAGAAAAACGAAAUUUAGCAUAUGGUGUCUUAUUUUGCAACUUAAGUGUUCCUUAUUUUGUGAUUUUGACUAAUGUUCUGAUGCUGAAUUUAAACAUUAAAAUCAGUGUCUAGGACCAGGACAGUGCAAUGGCAUCUUUACAACCUACAUUUUAUUAAACCAAGGCAUACAUUCCAAUGAGAAGGUUGGAUGGAGGGAUGUAUUCAUUUUAUCAAGGGUCCAUGAAGUGGAUUCUCCAUUUUAUAUUUUGACUGUAUAAAUUUUGUAAUUUUUACCCUGGGCAAGUGGUCAGAGAUCACCUUGUUUUUAAUUUUUGGAGUAAUAUGACAACAGUCCAUCUUGCUGCUGUAGUUCCAAGUUAAGAGACUGAAAUAUUAUUGUAGUUUAAUCAUUUGACUUUAGAAGUCAUAAAUAGUCAGACAAAUGCAAAUUUAGUUCUUUUCAGUUGAAGUUGUCUUUUGGACCUCGUUUUAGAAAAUCUGUUGAGGUUUGCAGGAGCAGGUGUCCUAGGUUUCAGGUCCUACCCAGAUUCUAAUUUUCAUGGUGUAGAUGCAGUGAAUGUGAUAAGUUUAUGUAUUUAAGGUUGUUAUGUAGUUGUGCUCAUUAUAUUUUUUAUUAGCGAUGACGUUUUUACUAGGAUUCUCGAAACAAUUAAGUACCCAAACAUAUUGUUAAUUGAAUCCUUUUUAUUGUCAGGGGGAAUAUAUGUAAUGUAGUUUCUUCUUCUUCCAAUCCCAGUAGAUCAAGAACAUAUAAAUUAGUAUUUUAUGGUAUGCCUGUGUUACAAGUUUUGUGGAAUGCUGUGUAUCCAAAUAAUUUUUCC